AUGUACAGAGGGGUGCAGCUGCUGAUCCUGCUCUACUUCAUCUGGUACGUGUUCAUCAUCCAGAAGGGCUACCAGGAGAGCGAGACGGGCCCCGAGAGCUCCGUGGUCACCAAGGUGAAGGGCGUCAGCCGCUCGCACAGCAAGGUCUGGGAUGUGGAGGAGUACGUCAAACCCGCCGAGGGUGGCAGUGUGUUCAGCAUCCUCACCCGGGUGGAAGUCACCCACUCCCAGACUCUGGAGAGCUGCCCCGAGAGCCUGGAGGUCCCCCAUGCUGCCUGCAGCUCUGACAGCGACUGUGUGGCUGGGGAGAUGGACAUGCUGGGGAACGGAGAGAGGACGGGGCGCUGUGUUCCCUAUUACAGUGGGUUGGGGAAGACCUGUGAGGUCACCGCCUGGUGUCCAGUGGAAGAUGGAUGGACGGUCAGCGAGUCCCUGGGGAAGAUGGCCGCGCAGUUCACCAUCCUGAUCAAGAACAACAUCCACUUCCCCCGUUUCGGAUUCUCCAAGUAUGGCUCAGCAGUGACCGGCGAGUCUCACGCCAGCUGCCCCCUCGGGAGGAAUGUGAAGGGCCGAGCAGAGUGGCUACUAAAGGCUGCACUCUCAACGAGACCACUUGACCUGUACUGCCCCAUCUUCCGCCGGGCUACCAUUGUGGAGCAGACAGAGAAGAACUUCACCGCGCCUGGCCGACACGGGGAGGCGUGGGGAGGGGGAACCUCGCCGGCGACAGGGGAAUGGCUCUGCUGGGGUGGCGUUAUCGGGGUGAUCAUAAACUGGAACUGUAACCUGGACCUGCCCGACUCCUCGUGCAACCCCAGCUACUCCUUCCGCCGGCUGGAUCCCAAGAGCAUUCAGGUUUCUUCUGGCUACAACUACAGGUUCGCCAAAUAUUACAGCUGCAAUGGGACGAACACGCGGAGCCUGAUCAAGGCCUAUGGGAUCCGCAUCGACGUUAUUGUGCAUGGCCAGGCAGGGAAGUUCAGCCUGAUCCCCACCAUCAUUAACCUGGCCACGGCGCUGACCUCGGUGGGAGUGGGCUCCUUCCUCUGCGACUGGAUCUUACUGACCUUCCUGAACAAGAACAAUGCGUAUAGCACCCGGAAAUUCGAUCAGGACGGGACCCCAGCCCGAGGCUGCAGCGGUAACGCCUGCACCACCCAGGCCUCCUCGCCGGCCAACCCCCAGGGCCCUGGCCAGCUCUGAGCUGCCUCUGCCCCCCACCUGCUGCUCUGGCUGGAAUGGAGA